UGUGCCGUUAGCUCGCAUAACAGCGAAAAUCAACAGCUGUUGAAGCAACAGUGAGAGUUUAUAAAAGAAAGCCUGACUGCUGCUGAAGAAAUCUUCUCAGGAUUUAAAGAAACGAUUGUCCAGUAUGAGAAGAUCAAUCGUAAACCCGAGAUAAUAGUUACACAAUACAGACAACCAACAGCAACAUGAACUGUGAUAAGGGGAAGGGUCUGGAUGACCAGCAGGUCUGUAACCAGGUGAGUAACUCCACACUGGACCCACAGCUUCCACAGAUUAAAGAGCAACAAGAGGAGGGAGAGCAGCUUGUAGUGAAACAGGAGGCUGAGGGCAUCAUCAUCUGGACCGGGGAAGAGCGGCUCAGACUGCUGGAUACCAUCUGGAAACCUGAAAUAACAACAUACAGUAAAGAUCUUGCGCAACAGUGUGUCUUUAAGCAAGAGGAUCUGCAUGACCAGCAGGUGUGUAACCAGGAGAGGAACUCCAGUUUGAACCAGGAGGACCCAGAACUCCCAUGGAUUAAAGAGGAACCAGAGGAACUUUGCACCAGUGAGGAAAGAGAACAGCUUUUAUUGAAGGACGAGACUGAUACCUUCAUGGUGACUUUUGAUGAAAGUGAACCUGAACCAAACAGAGAUCAGCUCCUUUCUCACAACUCUCCUGCACCAGAGAGCCAGGAUCAAGGAGAAAAUGAGCAUGUGGAAUCAGAAUCUACUAGAAAACCAGAGCUGAAGAACAGUAACAGUGUAAACAACUCUCCAGCGCCAGAGAAUCAUAUGGAUGUCACUUGA